AUGCUGCCAUUAAUCUACUUUCCUUCGGACGACUGGGAUGCAGAUCCUUUUGGGCUGAGACCAAUGAAAAUCCCAGAUGCCCCUCUUGAGGAGGAGACCUACAUGCCCGAGGUGCCUGCUAUGGCUCCCAAGUACCUCAAGAGAUCCAGCUCUUCAUCUUCUAUCACAGAAAUUCCUACUCCCCCUGAGGAGGUGUGGCCUGAUCCAGAGGCCCCAACCUAUGUGCCCCGGCCUACUCAAAAUGUUAAAGAGGUUUGGCCGGACCAGCAGGCACCUACAAUUUCCCCAGUGGCGCAAGCUGCUGCACUGAGCGUAGUGGUCACUGUCAGUCCGACCAUUGCUCAGUCAAGGUUGAUAGGAAGAGAAGAAAGUCACCAGAUUGGCCCCAAUCCUCCAGCCAUGGACAUCAGACUGGUGGUGUUCAGUAUUCUACUUGUGGCAGUGACCGGACAUCCACACCGGAGACGCUGCCCAAUGUCCAGAUAUAAAUCAGUAUCUUCCACUGACAUCACGGGGAUCAGACAACUGCAGAAUGAACAUGAGAAGAACAUGUCCACCAGUGCCAUCAAAUGCUACAGAAGAAUGAUGAGACACAAGCCGUCUGUAUGUGACCUAAAGCCCAGUGACCGUCUGAUUCUGACCUUGGAGCGAGUUACAGUAACUACAGAAGUUCUGGCAAAUCUUUCCACGUCUGCUGUGCCGGACCCUGUAUCACAGUCAUACAUGAUGUUCCUCAGAAUCAGAGAUGAUCUUCUGAUCUGUAGAGAAUUAUCAGGACACAGUAAAACCCCAUCUGAGGGGCUGAAGCCAUGGCUGCACCAUCUCCAGCACUUUGUGGAAGAGGCCUCUGCACAAUGUCUCCAGGACGCUGUGUUACUCGGUCUUAUCCAGUUACUGGUGGAAGAUGUCGGGUGUUGGGCUCAUGGGAAGUAACUACAGAGAAACGUCUAAAGAAAUACACAAGUCUACAGGAAGCAGUUAAUGGUGGAGAACAUCAGUA